GGAAGCGAGCGGGCAGCCGCGCGCGGGGCCGGGACCGCGCGGGCAGGAUGGGGGACAGCGAUGACGAGUACGACCGGCGCCGCAGGGACAAAUUCCGGCGGGAACGGAGCGACUACGACCGGUCCAGGGAGAGGGACGAGAGGAGGAGGGACGACUGGAGUGACCGGGACUGGGAGCGGGGCCGGGAGCGGCGCAGCCGGGAUUACCGGGACUACGACCGGACUCGGCGGGAACGGUUCUCGCCCCCCCGGCAUGAGCUGAGCCCCCCCCAGAAACGGCUGCGCAGGGACUGGGAUGACCACGGCACUGACCCCUACCACAGCGGCUACGAGCUGCCCUACAGCGGGGGCGGGGCCGGCCCCACCUACGGCCCCCCCCAGACGCCCUGGGGCCCCCACGAGAUGCAGCACCAGCUCCUGCAGCACCAGCUGCUGCCCAUCCAGGCCAGGCUGGGCACCAUCGCGGAGGUGGACCUGGGCAUGGCCCCCCCGGUGAUGAAGAGCUUCAAGGAGUUCCUGCUGUCUCUGGACGACGCCGUGGACGAGACGGAGGCGGUCAAGCGCUACAACGACUACAAGCUGGAUUUCCGCCGGCAGCAGCUGCAGGAAUUCUUCCUGGCGCACAAGGACGAGGAGUGGUUCCGCUCCAAGUACCACCCGGAUGAGGCCGGGAAGCGGCAGCAGGAGGCCCAGGCCGCCCUCAGGAACCGCCUCGGGGUCUUCCUCUACCUCUGGGAGCACGGCUGGUUCGACAACCUGCUCCUGGACAUCGACCGUGCCCCCCAAAUCAUCAAAACCCUCGACGCAGCGGUGAUUAAGAUGGAAGGGGGUACAGAGCACGACCUGCGGAUCCUGGAGCAGGAGGAGGAGGAGGAGCGGACGGAAAAGGCCGAAGGCCCCAAAAAGGAGGAGCCACGGCCACCAGAGCCCCCUGGGAAAGGCCCCACAGAGCGGCCCGAUGGCGAUGACAGCACCAAGGCCGAAGGGGCGGAGCCAGGGGCGGAGCCUGCAGCGGGGGCGGGGCCAGAGGAAGAGGAGGAGGGGCCAGACAAGGGGCCCAAGGCUGAGGACGGUGACAAGGAGGGCGGGGCCAAGGGGCGGCCACGCCAGCGCAGCCGGGACAGCGAGGACGGGGACAGUGACAGCGGGGACAGCGAGGGGGGGACACGGAGAGCCCCGGGCAAGGACGAGGAGCCCAAGGAGGACAAAGGCCACGCCCAGGACGAGGCCGGGACCCCUCCCACCACGGCCGCCCAGGAGCCCAAGGAGGACAAAGGCCACGCCCAGGACGAGGCCGGGACCCCUCCCACCACGGCCGCCCCCUCCCCACCCCAGAAGGGCAAGGAGGGGGUCCCGGGGGGGGUCCCGGGGGGUCCCCCCGAGCCGAAGCCGCGGCCGCUGCACAAGACGUGCUCACUGUUCAUGCGCAACAUCGCGCCCAACAUCGCGCAGGCCGAGAUCGUGGCGCUCUGCAAGCGCUACCCCGGCUUCAUGCGCGUGGCGCUGUCGGAGCCGCAGCCCGAGAGGAGGUUCUUCAGGAGGGGCUGGGUGACCUUUGACCGCAGCGUGAACAUCAAGGAGAUUUGCUGGAGCCUGCAGAACAUCCGGCUGCGGGAGUGCGAGCUGAGCCCCGGUGUGAACCGCGACCUGACGCGGCGCGUGCGGAACGUGUCGGGGCUGACGCAGCACCGGCCCGUGGUGCGCCACGACAUCAAGCUGGCGGCGCGGCUGGUGCAGGCCCUGGACGCGCGGGCGCGGCUCUGGAGCCCCCCGGGCGCGGCCGCGGCGCCGGAGACCCCCGGGGACGGCGGGGACAGCGCCCAGAACCCGGUGCUGCGGCACAUCACCGAUUACCUGAUCGAGGAGGUGAGCGCGGAGGAGGAGGAGCUGCUGGGGCAGGGCCAGGCCCAGGGCCAGGGCCAGGGCCAGGGCGCGGCGCCGGCCGAGGACGCGGCGCGCGAGGCCAACCCGGCCGAGGUCACCGUGGAGCGCGACGAGAAGCUGCUCAAGGUGCUGGACCGGCUGCUGCUGUACCUGCGCAUCGUGCACUCGGUCGAUUACUACAACACCUCCGAGUACCCCAACGAGGACGAGAUGCCCAACAGGUGCGGCAUCAUCCACGUGCGGGGCCCGCUGCCCCCCAACCGCGUGUCCCACGGCGAAGUGGCCGAGUGGCAGCGCGGUUUCGAGGCGCGGCUGGCCCCGCUGCUGGCCGGCCCCGGCGCGGUGCCCGAGGAGGAGGCGCAGCGCCUCGGCCGCAAGGACCCCGAGCAGGAGCUGGAGAAAUUCGUCAGCGCCAACACCCAGGAGCUGGGCAAGGACAAGUGGCUGUGUCCCCUCAGCGGCAAGAAGUUCAAGGGCCCCGAGUUUGUGCGCAAGCACAUCUUUAACAAGCACGGGGACAAGAUGGGCGCCGUGCGCAAGGAGGUUUUGUUCUUCAACAAUUUCCUGAUGGACCCCAAGCGCCCGGCCCUGCCCGAGGGCGGCAAGGGCGGCCCCGCCGCGGGCCCCAACGCCGGGUCCCACCCGUACCCCCCCGGGCCCUACGGGGGUCGCGGCAGCUACGAAACCUUCCGGGGUCAGGGGGGGGCCGGGGGGGGGUACCUGAACAAACCCCGCAGCAGGAUGGUUCGGGGGGACCCCCGGGCCAUUGUGGAGUACCGGGACCUGGACGCGCCCGAGGACGUGGAUUUCUUCUGACCCCGCCCCCUUUGAUACGGCCCCGCCCCCCGGACCCCCCAAUAAAGGAGCACCCUCAGCGCCGGGGCCGUUCUGGGGCCACUUCGGGGCAGUUUUGGGGUUUUU